AUGAGCAACUUUGCUAUUCAGCCCGUGAGCAGGUUCGCGGGUUCCAGCGCAGCAAUUCGGAGGCCCAAAGAAAUUGCCUAUUUUUCCUACGAUGACGACCACGUCUUCCAUUUGGAUGAGCGGUCGCUGAGAUACUAUUAUCCCCCAAACCUCGGAGUGGACCUUUCGAAAGGGUUUGAUACCUUUCAACAGCUCGAUGAUACGGCAGACGAUCAUUUAGACGGUCUCCUUAAGACCAUAAUAGAUCUUGAACAACGGACUGGCACCAAAUGCACUGCUGAAGUUGUGACAUGGAGAGGAAUGAUGACCAAGAUCAUGGCGGCGCCCUUUGACAACAUGAGCGGUUUCGAGAUGAACGCGACCAGAUUCCAAGACAGCAUCUUCAUCGAGGAGAACCACGAGCACAAGCUCGAAUCGAGGAAGCAGCAGCACGCUCAGCCCUCGCGACGUGGUGCUCCUUCACAGGAUCUCAUGAGUUUUUGGGGCUAUAAGUUUGAAACUUUGUCAUUGAUUCCUGAUCAGUGGGAUUCGACUUCGCGAGAAGUCAUUGAAACCCGCGAAAACAUGGUAGUAAAUAAUUACGCCCAAUACUGCUCUGUGGUGAAAACCGGCAUUGGCAAAGCAAGGAUGCUCAUCGGAGGCGAGGUUGAUGCCUUAUGGGACUGCAAGCCGGACAACAGGGAUGAUCCCAUCAACUGGGUAGAAUUGAAGACCUCGGCAGAGAUCGCAAACGACAAGGAUACGCUCAAAUACGAACGCAAACUACUAAAAUUUUGGAUACAGUCGUUCUUACUUGGAGUUCCCAAGAUUAUUGUGGGUUUCCGCAGUCAAAAUGGGAUCUUGCAAAGAUUUGAAGAGCUAGAAACCAAGAACAUUCCGGGAAUGGUCAAACGAGGCAAAGGAAUAUGGGAUGGUAAUCUUUGCAUCAACUUCACAGCCGCAUUUCUCGACUGGCUAAAACAAACAAUCACAACUGAUGGUGUUUGGCGAAUAAGGCGAAGGGAGAGGUCCCCAGUGAUUGAGAUAUUCAGGAAUGAGGAAUCCGGUUGUGGCGAUAUUCUCUCCCCAGAAUUCAUUGAAUGGCGAAACAGUAGGGAAGCGAAUGAGGCAGACGUAGAAGCAGCAAAAACCAGGCUGAUAGAGUCAAUCAACCAAGAGACCUGUCAAUUAUAG